AUGGCCAGCCAGGAACCGAAAGAGGAAACUCGCGUAGCGGCUGAUGCGGGUGUCGCAGAGGACGAGCGGAAGCGCAAGCAACGCGAGCUGAAGCGGAAGUCUCGCGAGCGCAAGAAGCGGAACAUACUGGAAUUGCAAACAACCGCCCAAGCUCUUGAGCUCGAGUACAAACAGCUUAUUGCUGCAAGAUUACGGCGAGAAGAGCAAGGCAAGCAGCGGCAGCAAGGCGGGAGUGUGGCAAUAAGAAGCGAGUUAAAUGCGGAGGAGAUCGAGCAGUCACAGAUUGCUGAGCUACAGAAGAAGUACUCGGCUGUGCGCGACGAGAUGCACGAACUUCGAGAACAAAUGACGGGCUUUAAGCAAAAGCUGGAAGAAUAUGAGCGAUUCAUUGCGAUGCUGGAUGGCCAUCUCAUGGGGUUCCAGGACACUGAGAAAGUGAAGAGGGAGCCGAAUUGCUGA